AUGGGCCUCGAUACACAGCGAGAGGACGAGGUGACGUGCGUCCCAGCCGUCCGCGGUGGAGGACAAGGGAGACGGGUGCAGUGCGCCUGCGGGACUUCCGCGGCGACGUCACGUCAGUGCGCGUAUCGACGUCGCAGCCGCGCGCAGUUCUCUGCGGCGCUCUCCGGCGCUAUGUUCACGGAGUGCCUCUUCAAAACAUUAUUGCCCAUUAGAUCCCGCAAACGUCCACAUCAUUACAGUUGUCCCAACUACCUGCGUCUAACAAGGCUUAAUAAUCAUGCUUGA